GCGGGCCGGGGCCGGGAAGUAAGUCUCGCGAGAAGCGGGGGCUCCGGGCUCUCUGGGCCGGAGAGGGGCGGGGACCCUAGUGGACACCACGUGGGAAGCGGAGCCUGGGACCGAGGGAAGGUUAGAUCCUGAGCCGCGGAGAUGCGGAAGGAGUCGCAGCAGUCGCUGUCGCAGCUGUCGCAGCAGUCGCAGCAGUCGCAGCAGUCGCUGUCGCAGCAGUCGCUGCCGCCGCAGUCGCAGUCGCCGUCGCCGCCGCCGCAGCCUCCCGACGCCCCGGAAUGGAACCUGCCUCCCAACGCGCCGGCCUGCAUGGAGCGGCAGCUGGAGGCGGCGCGCUACCGGUCGGAUUGCUCCCUGCUCCUGGGCGCCUCCAGCCUUAGCGGCCGCAGCUGGGCCGGCUCCCUGUGGCUGUUCAAAGACGCCAACGCGGCCCCCAACGAGGGCUUCUGUUCGGCCGGGGUCCAGACCGAAGCCGGGCUGACGGACCUCUCCUGGGUAGGGGACCGGGGCAUCCUCGUGGCCUCGGACUCGGGUGCUGUGGAACUAUGGGAACUGGAUGAGGGUGAGAGACUUAUCGUCAACAAGUUCUGCAAAUAUGAGCAUGAUGACAUAGUGACCAGUGUUAGUGUCCUCGUCACUGGCACACAGGCUAUCAGCGGCAGCAAAGACUUCUGUAUAAAAUUUUGGGACCUUUCAGGAGAGAGAAUGCUAACCUCCUAUAGAGCUCACUCUGGUCCCGUCUCGAGCGUUGCUGCUUCUCCCCACAAGGAGGCUCUGUUCCUGUCCUGCGGGGAGGACAACAGAGUUUUACUGUGGGAUCUCCGAUGCCCCAAGCCAGCUUCACAUGUUGGCCAAAGUGCCUCCCAUCACCUUCCUACCUCACUGGCCUGGCAUCCUCAGAAGGAACGCGUUUUCACUUUUGGUGAUGAGAAUGGCACUGUCUUCCUUGUGGACUUCAAGAACCCCAACUCGAUCCUCUCCUCAUCGGUGCAUUCUCAGAGCGUCACGAGGCUGGUGUUCUCACCCGAUAGUUCGCCCCUCCUGGCAUCCCUCAGUGAAGACUGUUCCGUAGCUGUGCUUGAUUGUGAUCUCUCGGAGGUGUUCAGAAGCCGGGACCACACAGACUUUGUGAGAGAUGCUACGUGGUCCCCAGUCAACAACCAGUUGCUCACAACUGUGGGCUGGGACCAUCAGGUUUUCCACCACACUGUGACCUCAGAGCCAGUUAUAAUUCCUGAUCCCAAUGGUGCCAGCAACUAGAUUGGAUUUGAGGCAGAAAAGGCAAAAAAAAUCCUACAAAUCCAUACCCACUUACUCCUUGGUUUGUGAGAAGACAAGUCCUGUAUGUAGCAGGUUUGAUCUGUUAGAGCUGAGCAGUUGGGAGGCACUGAGUUUCUCUGCAUGGGGUCCUGUAGACUCAUAAGGAGACAGCCAUUUAUUUUUUUAGAUUAUAUUUAAAUUUUUAAAAAAUGAUAAUCCGGGACCGUUUGUUCCCACAUCUAGUUACCUCCCCUCCCCUUGUUGUUCCUUCCCAAAAGUACAUAAAAAGGUAUAGAAGAGUCUACUCGGAAGUUUCCCUCUGGUGGUGAAGCAUUUGCAGAAUCCUGGGCACCAGCUGAGAUUGGAGCAUCGCUGUGGCCUCCUGUGCCCUCCUGGUUAUUGUGAUUAUAGAAACCAGAAAUUCUCAGCUUGGGGAUCCCAGAAAUCCCCAGAACAGCCUCUUGCCUUAGUCAUUUGAUGUAGUUUCUUUCCCUUGGUAUGAAUCCUUGCUUGGUAGAGCAGGAAGGAUACCUUCUUGCCCUAAUCACAAGAGACUAGUUCAGUGUUUUGUUUUGGCUAAGUGCCAAUGGGGUUAGUUUGACUUGGUUUAGGGGUGUCCAUCCAGGUGGAUUUGAAGAGAAAAUGGGAAGUGGGGACAAUUCAGAAAACUGACAGACUAGAAGAGGGGGAGGGCUUGGGGAUUUGUUCUCUGGUAUCAGCCUGUCCUGACCACCACCUCCUGAGGCUUCUCAGCUUUCAGAAGUUGGCUUGCUGUGGUUAGGGCCAUGUCAAGGAUAGAUUUUGUUGCCAUGAGCCAUCCCAAUGGAGAAUCUGAGAUGACUUGGUGAAAUAAAAUACUCUGGUUUAGGAUC